GUUGAGGGCAGUGCACGGAAGACCGUUGAAGAGCUGAAGCCUGCCAUGGCUAUUGCACAUGAUGAGAUGGUCAGAGCGGUGCAGAAGUUUAGCGGCUACAAAGCGGAGCCAGACGGAAAGCCAGGGCCUGCCGAGCCUGCGGAGCCUGCGGAGCCUGCGCCGGGUGUGGAUUUAGAUCAGAAGUUCCAGCUCCUGCGCAGCGUGGGUGAGGAAUGCCAAACAGAGCCAGAACUGAAGGAGCUGAUCGCGCGCAAGAAGCAGUUUGUUCUCUAUGAUGGCUUCGAGCCUUCCGGUCGCAUGCACAUUGCGCAGGGUCUCUUCAAGGCUGUCAAUGUGAACAAGUGCACAGAGGCAGGAGGAAUCUUCAAAUUCUAUGUGGCAGACUGGUUUGCGCUCAUGAACGACAAGAUGGGCGGGGAUAUGAAAAAGAUCAAGGACACAGGCAUGUACUUCGUGCAUGUUUGGAAGUCCUGCGGCAUGAAAAUGGAGAACGUCCGCUUUAUUUGGACCUCCGACUUUAUCUACGAGAAUGCUACUGAGUACUGGACCAAGAUGCUGGACAUCAGCCGCGUGACUUCCCUCGUGCGUGUGAAGAGGUGCUGCACCAUUAUGGGCCGCGACGAAGGCAACCUGACCGCGGCCCAAAUCCUGUAUCCCUUGAUGCAGUGUACGGACAUUUUUUUGCUGCGUGCGGACAUCUGUCAACUUGGUCUCGACCAGCGGAAGGUGAACAUGCAAGCUCGGGAGUAUUGCAGCUCUGUGGGCAUUAAAAACAAGCCCAUCAUACUGUCGCAUCACAUGAUGAUGGGUCUCAAGGCUGGUCAGGCCAAGAUGUCCAAGAGCGAUCCGGACUCAGCCGUGUUCAUGGAGGACAGUCCGGAGGAUGUGCGACGGAAGAUAACGAACGCAGCGUGCCCAAGAGAGAAGGAGAAGAAGACAGCGAAGCAAAGCGAGCAACAAGGUGAUACCGAAGAGUGGAUUCUAAACAACCCCGUUAUUGACUACAUCCGUUACCUUGUGCUGGAAAAUUCCAAGGGCCGCCAUCAAAUCACCGUUGAUGGCAUCACCUAUGACGAGGCUGACAGUCUGGAGCGCGACUUUAUCGACGGCAAGCUUUCGGAGCAGGGCCUGAAGGAGUCGUGCAUUCAAAGACUGAAUGAGAUCAUGGCGGGCUGCCGGCGCCACUUCGCAGAGGACAAGGAGGCCUCGGAGUUGGUGGCCCUGGUCGAACAGCACAAAGUAGACGUCUUGAAAGAGAAGGAAAAUGCCGAAAAGGCAGCGGUGCUGCGGAGCCUCCAGGUCUUCGACGGCGUCGAGUCCGUGGGCCUGGUGUUCGCCCCGCCUCCGGCGCCAGGUGGGCUGGGUGUCACGGCGGAGACUGUGCUGGCCACGCUGCGGUGCCUGGUGCGAGCCAAGAAGCAUCAGAAGUUGAUCCUGUGGUGUGAAGACUGGUCCUGCAUUGCCUUGGACAGAUUGGCUGGUGACAUCAAGGCGAUCACUGCCUACUAUGGCAUUUUAGCGCAGUCUGUGAAAGCUUUGGCUAGCACCAUCGCGCUACAAGUGGAGGUGAUGAUGCAAUCCGAACAGAUCCUUCGAGAUCCAAACAUGUACUGGAUCAGCGUGAUUGAUGCUGGCCGCAAGAAGCGCCGCACGUCCGCUGGGGAGGAGCCCGUCAUUGGCCUGGACGAGGUGGCCAGGCACCUUCCUUCGGGGGAGAGUCUCACGGAGAGCGGCCAGGUUGUGGCCACCUUGAUGCACGUGGCCGAUGUCUUGGCACUGUGCCGGGGGGUCGGAAAGGCCACGAUCUGCGCUUCAGACGACUUCCAGCAGCAUCACCAGCUGGCAAAGAACUACUUGCAGGAGAGCUUUGCAGAGGUGCGCGCUCCUGAGAUCGAUGUUGAGAAGCAGGGCUCCAACGCCAUGUCGCUGGUCCUUGGGGAAGGAGAGAGCAUUUGGAACAGUAAGAUGAAGAAAUCCUACUGCCUUGAGGGUGACCUUGACAACAACCCAUUGAUGGAUCUCUUAAGACUCACACUUUCCUGCCAGCUUCUGGACACAGGUCGGCCCCUGCUUGAAGUGCGGCAAAAAGCCGAGCACGGGGGUGACAAGGACUAUGCCCAGAUGGCUGAGGUGGAGACCGCGUUUGCGAGCAAAGAUCUUCACCCUUCGGCCUUCAAACCUGCGUUGCAGGAACGUGUGAAGUCUGCUUUGGCGCCGCUGCAGCAGCUUUCAAAAGAUGCGGCCUUCAAGAAGCUUUGCGCGUCGUUGGAGAAUUUCCACAAGGCCCAAAGCAAGAAGGCGAAGAAGUAGGCCCCAGGUUCAAGCCGAAUGCACGCGACCCGCGUGGUACCAAAAUCGCGCGCGCGCUGCCGUUUCCAGUACGCAUGUUGACAAUGGUGCAGAAGCGCCUUGUGCGCACCGUUUUUGCUGCAGU